CAGAAAGCAAAGUGAGAAGAAAAAGAAAUACAGAAGAGUGAAGAAAAAAAUUUGACAUUCGAGCUUACUGCUCACAAAAGAAACCGGCUUUUUGCUGAUUUUCAAACGUCAAACGAUGGUGCUGAUGAUUUGCUGGUUUGGGCUUAUUGUGUUUCUACAUAGAUUUAAUUCAUUAUCAGCCGAAACUAAUGACACAGGCAUGAAAUUAAACGGAAUCAGUGACUUUGUGCUUGUCUGGUAUGACACCCAGAGGGUUUGGGAACAACAUCUCGCUGCGUGCGCUAGUCCUAACGAUGCCUCUGUUGUCAUAGAGACACAUGGUUUUAAUAGGUAUUUCACUUUGAUUCUAAGACAGUGUCCACAGUUAUUUGCCCCAGACAUUAAAGUGCAGGUCAAGUCAAGAGGAGGGAUUCAUCUGCAUCAAUAUGACACAAGGAUGCUCUAUACAGGCACAGUGGCAGGGGAUCCAAAGUCAUCAGUGACUGGACAUAUCAGACCUGAUGGAACAUUUGAUGGAAGCUUUUUCAGUGCGGGUAAAAAUUUCUAUCUUGAACCCACAUUACGCUACUUUAAAAGUGCCCCAUACUUUCAUUCCAUACUAUUCCAAUCAAGAGCGUUCCAGAACAUGUCAAGAGGAGAGCAGUUGCCUCACUGGGCAAGAACUCGAGCCAAAGAAAAAUUUAAGAUCUCUACACGUCAAAAGCGUUCUGCCAUUCUCUCUGACAACUCAACCAACCUCAACACAUGCGCUUUGCAUAUUACCGCUGACCACCUGUUCCUGAAGAGCGUGGGCGGCGGAUCAGUUGACGCUGCUGUAGCAGAGAUGGUAUACCACGUGACGGAGGUGGACAAGAUAUUCAGAUCGACUGAUUUCAACAUGGAUGGCGGGCCUGGUGACAAUAUUGGAGUCAGCAUCGCAGCAAUUACAGUUUAUGAAGAUACCUACGCAGAAGGCGAGCUUGCAUCACCGGAAUCCAUUCCCGUGACUGACUUCCUAACUAAAUGGAGCCAUUUGGACCACAACAACUACUGCAUCGCCCUUCUGUUUACCUACCGGGACUUCGCGGACGGCGUGCUCGGCCUGGCCUGGGUCGGGGAUGAAGAUGUGGGUGGGGUCUGCUCUACGCGGGUCCCGGUCAAGGACUCGGGCGAGAACAUUAAUUUUAACACUGCUGUUGUCAGUUUGAAGAAUUUCGGGGCGAGGGUCCUGCGAAAGGGAUCGGUGCUGACUACCGCGCACGAGUUGGGGCACAGCUUUGGCUCAGAGCAUGACCCAGACAACACCCUAUGUCGCCCUGAGGGGGAGCCUGGCUACUUCAUCAUGUAUGACCUGGCCGUAGAUGGAAACAAGCCCAAUAACUUCCUCUUCUCCGAAUGCAGUAAGGCUCAAAUGUGGUCCGUCAUCUUUAAUAAGGGACCCAAGUGUUUUAUAGCCCAGAACCAAGGUGCCUUCUGUGGUAACUCGAUAGUUGAGGGAGGAGAGGAGUGUGACUGUGGCGCUCCGCAACGCUGCAGUGAAGUGGACGUGUGUUGUCAUCCGGGAAACAUUACAUCCGGGAUACCGGAGUGCCGAGUAAAGCCUGAGUACCAGUUCCAAAUUCGAAACAACACCAGUUCCAGUCCAGCUUUCAUUGCCAGUUUAUUAUCAGCAUUCUUUUCCUUGACUGUCAUCAGUGGCACCACAGCAGUGUGCCCAGAGCCGAUACCGAAACCCAGGAACACGACGUGCGGCGACGAUGGUAACACGUGCCUGGACGGAGCGUGCGUGGGCCCAGUAUGUGCCAGGUAUUUCCUGGACCAAUGCGAAUGCCAAGGUCAGGAUCAGAUGUGUCUUGUGUGCUGUAGGACUAAAGAGGGAACUUGCGUGCCCAGUAUGGAGCUGAAUGGUUUGUUAAAGUACAAGUUCCCCGGAUCCACUUGUAAUAGUUAUACUGGAUACUGCAACCAGCUUGGCCAGUGCAUCACGGUAAAGACUGGUGACCAGCUUCUCAGGCUCAUGGAGGCUUUCAAGCGGAUGUCUUCCGAGGACACUAUCAAUGCAGCACUCACAUGGCUCCAGGCCAAUUGGUACUACGUGGUUUUGAUUCCUCUCGGGGUGGUCUUCGUCGGUCUUCUUCUGAAAUUUUCCACAUGGCAACACAAUCCUGCUAAUUCCCUCUUUCACCAACGGGCUCAGCCACUGACCACGUUCCUCUCGGGCGUCCAAAAUCCUGCUUACGACGAUCGAAAUAUCUCGGAUGAUGACGCCAAUACCUUUUCCCAAAGCCGGCUGUCUAAUGGUCGCGGAUCUUACGAGGCCGAUGACUCGUCCGUCUAG